AUGUACUUGACAUUGGAUGACGGUUGCCAGCUUUUCUGCAAAGUGGACGACUUUACUGACCCUUGGGAGGAAGCGGAAACCGUUGUCCUUCAUCAUGGAAUGGCGAAGAACCACAAGCUUUGGUACGCCUGGAUUCCCAUUAUUGCCAGACACUAUCGGGUAGUUCGUUUUGACAUGCGCGGGAUGGGACAGUCGUCGGUGCCGGAGCCUGGUUACCCCUGGUCGGUCGACAAUUUUGCCGGUGACCUUCUAGGGUUGGUUGACGGGCUGGGACUGGACAAAUUCCACCUUAUCGGUGAAACGGUUGGUGGCUCUAUCUCCAUGCGGUUUGCAACUUUGCACCAGGAACGCCUGCACACUUUGGCCGCUUGCACCUCACCUACCAGCUUUGACGACCCCCACCAUGCAGAGAGCGCUGACCUGAUUGAGCGUGAAGGUGUGGCUGCCUGGGUGGAAAACACAAUUGGCCGGCGCCUGGAUCCGCAGAUUGUUCCCCCAGAAUAUACUCGCUGGUACGCUGGCCAAAUGGAGGCGACACCGGCCCAUGUAGUGGGAGGUUUCCAGCGUAACGCCGCCGGCGAUUUGAGACCCCUGCUUCCCGAAGUCCAGACUCCAACGCUCAUUCUCGCGGCUGCCAGUCUGCGAGAAGAGGUGCUGGGGGACUUCAGGGAUGCAGCAACUUUGUUCCCGAAUGGGCGGCGGGUAGUGUUUCCCGGAGUGUCGGGUUUCGUCCAGCACGUUCUGCCGGUACCAUGUGCACGGGCCUGGCUUGACUUUGCCCAAAACAUAAAAUAG